AUGUUUGUGGUUCCCCUCUGUGUUACUGUUGCUUGUGGAAUGGGAGUGAAUAUGGACCUAAACUUCAACCUCAUUGAGACAGGUUCUCUUGCUGUGGCAAUUAUAGUCACAAGCUUCACUUUACAGAAAAAAUUACAAGCUGCAAUUAAGGAUUCUGUGUCUGAAAAUGAGGCAUUUCAGAAAGUAUUUGGAAAAGAAAAGCAUGGAUAUGUUCGUAGUAUGGGACUUGGAGUUACACCAUCUCAAAUUAAUAGAUCUACGAGAUCGACAUCUUCUUCUGCAGAAAGUGAACAAAUAAAGGAAAUGCAAGAAGAAAUUAAUGCACUUAAAGAAAAGAAUUCAAAAAUUGAUGAAUUAACACAGGCAAUCAUAUUCUUAAUGCAAAGGGACAAGGCGAGGACAAAGGAAAAUGAACUCUUAAUGCAAAUGCAGAAUUUUAGUGGAAGACAGGGAUUGGAAUCACCCGCUGAUGGUAGACGUUCAUCUGAGUCUAGCUACCGUAUUGGAGAUAAUGGAACUUCAGGGGGGACAAAUUAG